AUGCACCCUUUCGAUUCAAUCGCCGAGACUUUCAGCGUCACUCCCGUGCGACCCCGACCCGUGCUCGCCCCUCGAGUGCCUGCUAUCACGGCCCUUGCUACUGCAAGACGCUCGCGAAAGAACUGCAAAAAGCUCAAAUGGCGGGCACGUGACGUCGAGGCUUCACAAGAGUAUAACUUGCAGCUAGAUGUGAUAAAUCUUCGCCAGGAAAUUCAACGUUUGAUAGAGUACCGGCAAAUACUCCAAAUGCGGACUUUUAAUCGUCGUGAUGAUUUAGAUGGCUACUACGUCAAGGCGAUCAUGGAGUACCACCGCGUGUUCGGAAGUGGGUACCAGCCGGGAGCUGCAAUUGAUGCAACCCAAUUCAUCUUUCAAGUCAUGGACGAGAAUGUUGUCAUGGGUCGUUUUUCUGGACGUGAAGUACUAUUACAUCAAUGGGAACGAUACACCAAAGCACUUUCUGGACUGGAAUUCCGCUAUUUACACUCGCGGGUUGUGUCCGGGCAGGGGCGAACGAUUGUGACUUCGUACUCCACCUAUAAACAUUUAGUCACCCAAGACACCCUGGACAUAAUGUUUCCUGAUGCGAUGCGUCAGCACCCGAGAAUAGCGGCAAGAAUGUUGGGGCGGGUUUUUCACGGGUUCAGCCAGAUUACCUUCACGUUUGAUACACAGACGCAUUAUAUCAUUUCAUGCAGUUUUCAGCUUGAUGUACUCGAUGUGUUUGCAAACCUGCUUCGAGAACCGAAAGAUCUAUGUGCUAUUUUCCAAGGCGCUAGAAUCUCGGAGGAGUUUUUUAUUGGAGACGUGACUUUCUACCCGGAACGGUCUCCUCAAAUUGAGGAGAACGUUGGUCACUCGACAACAAAGCUCGAAGAAAAGGUGGAACCUAGAUUUGACUUGGAUUCAGAGAAAACGUGGCAACAAGAAUGA